GAGUUUUUCCCCAUCCUGCUUGCCCCCCCUGUCCAAGUUUCAUUGGCACAUGCAUGCAGGAUUGUUCUCCCGGUGUUGGCAAUCUCUUGUCCAGUACUUUUUUUUCAAAGCCCCUAUUUUUCCUCUCGGAGUCUGUCCCGAGUCUGGACUUAACACGGUGUGUACUCGCUGCCACUCCGCUGGAGACCGCGGGUGGCUUUUCUCCUCGCUUUGUUUGUGGAGAAUCUGAGCCUCGCGGUGUCCACUGGAAGAAACAUAAGCAACUGUUUCCGCCAGCUUGCUGUGUAUUACUUUUCCAGUCAAUGUUUGUUUGAGAUGUGUACAAACUGCCGUCUGACCCCUCGCGUCAAGCACCACAUCCUUUGCCGUACCUCGUUGCUUUUCCUUCGGCCGCGGCUCUUCUCCGGAAUGCACCUAUUCUACUGAAUGGUCUAACAUUUAGCGACAAACUGGCCGUUUCAGCGAACUCUUCAAGGCAGCAGUCAGCACUUCUUGGGGGGGUGCUGAGGAAAGAGACGACGGAACGCCACACUGGCACACCGGGACACUCUCUGUUGAUGUGCCUGCAGCCCCGUAUUUAUUCCAAAAGGCAUGCUCGGGUACCCGCCAGCUCUACAUUUAAUUCGCUUAUGCGGGAAUCUCCGUUCAAGGUCAAAUUCGACGAGUAACGGACCGAAACGAAUCUCUCAGACGACCGCGAGAAUCUCAUCUCAGAAUUCGUUCCGGCGGUGUCUGUACGCCCGAGCCCCAGGCUAGGUCCGUGAUCGUUGGACAAUGUCAGUGUGGCAUUUUUCGUUUGGACCUCCGGAUGGAGUAGACCCGUAGAAUGCUUGUUUGUUUUCGCUGGUUCACCAUUUCUAGGCAAGAAAUGUUAACAGCAAUAAGGCCUGCCCGUGGUGUGUCUCCCGUGGGUCGCUUCGUCGCCUGAGCGCUGCCUCCGCCCGAAGGACCCCAGUACUUCACACCCCUCGGAAAAGUGGGUCAACAUUCUGCACUGCGGGGAACAAGAUUAGCGUUUCGGCUUCUCCCCACUUUUUCCCGAGCACCGCGGGAGUCUCUGUUUGCCUUUUGCAUUUCCCUCCACCCUCUCUCUCCGUCUCGCGUCCCCUCCACGUGGUGCAAUGUAUCCUCCGUCACCCCCUUUUUCAGGGGCCUCCCCUUGCCAAAGCGGUGCCGUUGGGGGCUCGGACUCCACAGCCAUUGUUUCAUCUGACGAUCACGUGUCUUCGGACUCCAGUGCCGCAGGGCCAGCUUCUUCCCACCACUCUUCACCUACUCCUUCGGCGCCCUACGCUGGAAACGACUCAGGACAGGCUGUGCCUGCUGCCUCGCCCUCCGCUGCUCUUCAACAUCAGGAAGAUGGUCGGUGUGCUUCCGAAUCUUCCGCGCUCGACUCCCAGGCCCCGGGGGGUCCGGCGUCUCGCCCCGCCACUAGUUACAUCAUGACGGGGCCGCUCCCAGGGUUGCCUCGACCCAGAACCGAGACCGUUUUGCUGGACCCCGCGUCUGCGGCCUCGCCCUUGACUCUCGAGAGCGCCGCAGCUGGGUCUGCCCUCUCCGGAUCCUCUCUAGGCUCCAGCGGGACCCGUGCCCCUCCAGGGUCUGGAUCGGGUAGAGGGGCCGGCGCUUGGCCCCCGGGUGGGGCGCCUCAGGGCCGGACGCUCGUGACUGUCCCCAGUGUAUGUGGAAGUCGUAGGCGGUACAUGCAUGCGUUGCUGCAGCGGAGUGCCGCCUGGAUGAUGUUCAGCAAGGGUGUCCAGAGCGUGGAACCGCAGUGUCUCGAGUACGUUUCAUCUUGGCUUGCGUUCCGGAUCGGGGCCAUCGGGCGCCAGGCAAAGAUCUACGCAAACAUCCGCGGCACCAGCGUCGCGAACUACUUCGACGUGAAGCAAGCUUUGUUCGACGUCUGCCCUGCCUCCUACGCCGCUCUCUUCCGCACCACGGGGGUCGAGCCGGUGGCCGGAACGCAGCCAAAGGAGGUCCUCUUGGGUGCAGACGGCAGAGGACGCCGCGCGCGUCAGGCCGCCCUCGCCCGCGGCGCAGAGGCGGACACCAACCCCCCACUCGAAGGGACCGAAGCAGAACUUGUGGUGACUACGGAGGACUCCUGGGUGUACCGCCGCCUCGUGGGGGAGCCCGCAGACCCCCUCGGCGCGGAGGAGUCCAACGCGGUCUCAGGCGUAUCCGCGCCUCUCGCCGCGGGGCCCGCGACCCUUGACACCCCGCACGACGCACCGGUAGGGCGCGAAGACGCGCAGCGGAGCGGGCCCCUCGGCCCUGGGACUGGCCCUCAGUUUCCAGGGGCAGCUGCGUCGCCGCCUGACGCUUCACCUUCAGCUGCAGGCCCCGGAGGCGCCCCUGGAGGAACUCCCCGGGUGGACCUGUCGGGUGGGGCCUCUCCGGCGGUGGGGCCCGCAGCUGGAGGCGCAGGGGCUCUUCCAGGGGCCCCGGGGUACGCAGACGUCGCGCCCGCGAGGGGCGACCUGGGUCCCGUGAAGCCGGGGUCGACCCGGAGCGCAGAGCCGCCUCUGCACAUACCCCCGUGGCUUCCGCAGUUCCCCCCGGCGCAUCUGUGGGCCUGCACGCCGACGCCCUCUGCCCCCGCUUGCGACGGAGUUUCCCUGGACUUCAAGAGACAGUGUGCGAAGAUGGAGCUGCAGCUGCAUCUACCUCAACUGCAGCUUCCCCAGCUGCCGCCGCCUUCCGCGAGGUGGGGCGAGGGGGGGGCCCGGCGAGACCCUGAAGGGGAUGACAGUGGCGGGACCCGCAGGUGGCGGGGAGGAGACAGCAGGAUGGGGAUGAAGCGGGGCCGAAACGCUGCGGAGGGAGACACUGCCAAUCACUCGUUGUGGGGCCUUCCACGAGACGAGGGAGGAACGGCGUGUCUGUCCGAAGACGACGAGGUGGAGAAGGAAGCCGCAGACGCCGACGUUGCCGGGGAAGACAGGUGUGGGGGGAAACGGCGAGGAAGCGGGAAGGAAGAGAACGGAGGCAAAGGGAAGAAAAGAAGAACGAAACAGGAAGACGAAGUUAUAGAGAGAGAGGUAGUUGCAGACUCUGCUCAAUUCGGAAAACAGGGGAAUCUUCUUCUCAGCUGGUGAAGCGUCACUGUUCUCAAGGCGACGCGGUUGCCGCGUAAAGCAAGCGACUUCCGGUUGGAGCUGGAGAAAUAGUUUUUAAUCAUGGCAUUCGAGGCCUGGUUCUUCUGCAGCUCUUGCUCUCCUGCACGAUUCUCGGAUGUCCUGGAAACGAAAACGGAAAAAAAGUGCAUUACGGGGUUUAAAAGGUUUCUGUCCUCGUAAGAAGCAAAGCCCCGAUUUGGGUCCCGUUGUCAGAACUUCCAAGUACGCAGUGAAGUAAACACAUGGAUCUUGACAAGAAACUUAUGAAGUCGUCUAAACGAGGACUCGCUUCUCUUUGAUUUCCUUCUAGCGAUGAGUGAAGUCACAUCGUUCUAAAGCUCGCGACUGGGUUGUCCCUGAAAGCGGGGCAACAGCGCAGUCUGUGACGUGGUUUUUUGUGAGAAACGCAUGUUCUACUUGAUAAUGGUUGUGCCGCGUACCAAGUGGUACGUUGGAAACUGAGAACUCUUUCCUUUUAUGUCUUUACGGGUUUUUGCAGCUUUUUUUUCGUCGCAGUCCACCGCACUCCCGUGGAAGUUGGGCCUUCGUUACGAAUUCGGAGCCAAUUUAGAUUGGUACGAAAAAGUUAUUGUAUCAUCCUUACAAAGCAGCAGCCGUCGUUAGCAUACAAGGAAGAAAGACAACUUUAAGCGUAGAAUGAUUCAUCCAGUUCAGUGAGGGAGACGUUUAGCAAACGUCAUCGACAUGCGAUGAUAAACGGCAACUUUAGAAACACGGUAUCUCCACCUGCAGGGGCGCUGUAUCAUCAACACACUUGCUUCCUAUCUCCCCAGCGUCAUAGAAAGGCUCUCACAGGCCGAGUUCGUCCAGUCAGUUGGAGCCUCUGCAGAAGUAAAGAGUCUGUCGAAUUCUAGAAAUCCAUUCUUAUGACCAGCAGUUUCACCAUGUGUAAGGGGGAGUUGUCUGCUCAGUUCGUGGUUUUCUACGUAGCCCCAGGAGAUUUAGUUGGGUUCUGUGUUAUCACAUGGAGGUCGAUAGUCGGUCACCGCAAUCGCUCUCCGCCCCUAUCUAUUCACUGCCUCGGAUUCACGCAUUUCCACGAGUGUUCUCCUCUGACAGAAUCGCGGCUUGUGCCUCUGGAGUGUCUCUGGGGAACUCGUUGAGUUAUCGUACGGUGUUUAUAGUGC